AUGUACCCAAACAGCAGCGCCCAUCCACGCAACCCGGCCAACCCGAGGUCUGCAUAUGACACCUCCGCAUCCACCGGUGCCAGCGACGACCAGUAUGCAGGCUACCAGCAGACUGCAGGCUUUAGUAACGUCGGAGUCGGAGGCUACAACUAUGGCAGCGGAAUGAGCUUGUACAACACCACCUCGCCAUCGCUUCCAUCCGCAUCCCGUCGCACCUCCAACCCCAAGACCUCGUCCCCGGCAGCCGCUUCGGCUUCGUCGGUCGCCAACACGUCUCCGUCCGCCUACUACCCCCGCCAGUCUGCAUCGAGCCAGGCCGAUGUCACCCAGUCGCCGUACCAGCAGUCUGGUUCGGCCGCUCUUCCUCAUAGCGCAUCCCAGCACCCCCAGUACGGCUACUACCCUUAUUACGACCAGCAGUCCCAGCACCACGGCAGCGGUGGCCAGUGGCAACAGCACUACAAUGCCCCGUCUAGCUUUGCUCAGCAGCCCGUUCAGCAGCGCCAGACCUCGUCCGGCGCCCUGUCCACUGUUCCCGGCUCGGCAGUCGGCUCGAGCGAGCAGUCGCAUGCGUCCCAGGCCCGUGGCAGCUCGUUUGACUACUCGGCCGCUGGCCAGCAGUCUUCGUCGUCGUACCAGAACUGGGAUUCUUCGCGCCAGCCCGCCAGCCACCAGCAGUGGCAGCAGCAGCAGCAACAGCAGCAGGCGGCCCAGGCUCAGCCUGCCGCAAGUGGCCAGCAGUCGGCCACCCAGGCCCAACAGGCGGCCCAGCAGCGUCCUCCUGGAAGCAGCAGCGGCCAGUCCAGCGCUUCUGUUGUGAGCCCGUGGCAAAACUAUGGUAGCCACCACCCCUUCCCUCCUCCUCCCCAGCCCGUCCCCCAGAUGGGUGGCCAGCUCCCUCCGGGCCAGUAUGGCGGUUGGAACCAGCAGCAGUGGGGCGGUCAGCAGCAAUACUAUCCUCCCGCCGCCCAGCACCAAGUCCAGCAGCCCUCCCCCGUCGCUGCAGCUGCUCCGGCUCCGGCCGCCGCUGCCCCUGCCGCCCCGGCCGCCAGCAGUGGUGGCAGCAAGAAGAAGAGCAGCAAGAAGGAGGCCGCCGCCGCCGCCGCUGCCGCUGCCCCCUCGGAACCUGUUCUCGGCAAGCGCUCCUCUGACGCUGCUCCCGAGGAGGAGGUCAAGGAAACCAAGUCCAAGAGCAAGAAGAAGAAGGACGAGGACAAGCCUGCUCCCAAGGCCCCUCUCAAGUCGCCCCUCAAGUUCCCGCCUCCCGCUCCGUCCGCUUGGCAGCUCUUCUUCAACGACGAGCUCAACAAGGCCAAGGCCAAGGCUCAGGCCGAGGCAGGCACCUCGCCCGGUGGCACACCGAUCCACCCCAAGCUCAACGUCGCCCACAUUGCCAAGGAGGCCGGCGAGGCUUACCAUGCGCUGUCGGAUGACCGCAAGGGCUUUUACGCUCGCAAGGUUGAAGAGGGCAAGAUCCAGUACGCCAAGGACCGCGCCGCGUGGGAGGCCACUCUCACGCCUGAAGACAUCAAGGCCGAGAACGCGUACCGCGCUCAGAUGCGCAAGGAGGGCAAGUCGCGCAAGGGCAACCUCAAGGACCCCAACGCACCCAAGAAGCCCCUCUCCGCUUAUUUCCUGUUCCUCAAGGGUAUCCGCGAGAACGACGAUCUCCGAAAGCAAGUGUGGGGUGAAGAGACUGAGACUACUAGACAGAGUGUGCUCGCCGCCGAGCGCUGGCGUGGUCUGUCUGACGAAGAAAAGAGGCCGUACCUCCAGCAAGCUGAGAAAGACAAGCAAGACUACGAAGCGCUCCGCAAGAUUUAUGAAGAUGAGGCUGCGGCCCGUGCACGUGGUGAAGACUGGCUUGACGUGGACACAUCCCUCGAGAUUGACGAGUUUCAUGGCUUUGACGACAUGGAUCUCACCGGUCUCGAGGACAUGACAGGCCACGGUGAUACGGACCAAGGUCGAUGGGACGACUUGCAGUACAUGGAAGGAGGAGCAGAAGAACCCCCCGCCCCCGAUGCCAAGCACGAUACCAACCCAGCAGAUGCACCACUACUACUACCAACCACCGAUGUUACCGAGCCCACCCCGGUCGAUGCGUCGACCGAAGUCUCGGCAACCACCACCUCUGUCGACUUUCCAGUUGACGUCUCCGUCCUCGUUGCACCGCUAGAAGAUGUUGUUGUUGCAGCACCUUUCUCAGUGGUAGCGAUCGACAUGGCUGCGGCCGCAAUCGGUGGUACAUCGGAGUAA